AUGCCCCUACACAACCCACUCUGGGAGAUCGCAGAGCCGUACCUCGUAGCCACCACCCGCUACACCGUGGCCGACCCCACCUAUGGCCGCUACCUUCUCCCUCACCAUGCCCCAACGCAGCAGCUCAUGGCCACGCCGGGCGUCCGGCACACCUUCCGCCGCGUGUUCCUGCGCCCUUUCCGUGACUGCAAGACGUGGCAUGAGGCGUACAACACUACCGAGAUCGUGCACUCGGACGAGGUGAAGUUGGAGGAGGCUGAGGUUGCCGAGGGCGUCAAGCAUGGGGGGCGAUGGUUGUUUUACUCGGUGUGGGAGAUGGACGAGCCCGAGGCGGGGUGGGAGUGCGGUGGCAAGGGGCGCGGUCGUGACCUCGUCCUCGUACAUGGCCUGAGCGACUACGGACUGCGGUAUUCGCCACACGUGCUCCAUUUCCUCAAGGAAGGCUUCCGCGUCAUCAUGCCUGACCUUCCCUCGUAUGGCCGCUCGACUGGCGUCAACUCUUACCUUCCCUCUCUAGACCUCCUCCCGGCUGCUUUGCACACCGUACUGACGGAUGUGGUGAUGUGGGACCUGAAGCAGGACCGCAAACAGCAACAGGUCUUCCUCUGCGGAGCGUCGAUGGGCGCGUGGACUGUUCUCUUCUAUGUGUACCGUUACCAUCCGAGCGACUCAGUCGAGACUGCCGCCGAGGCCUCGACGUCGGACCACCCAGAACCACCCCGCCCACAGAUUGCGGGCGUCUUCGCCCUCUGCCCCAUGGUGGAAGCAUCGCCCGAGUCCCGUCCGUCUGCUAUUAUCGAGUAUCUGGCCAAGAGCAUCAAGUUCUUUGCUGGUUCUCUGCCACUCGCCCCAGCCGUUCGCGGCAACGUCUCAGACGACCCUCGAGUCGAGGAAGACUUCUUCGCUGACCCGCUCUGCUACCACGGCCUCCUGCGUGUUGGCACUGGCCUGUCGCUUCUCGACGGCAUGACGGAACUCAACCAGAACGCCGAGAGGAUCAACAUCCCGAUCCGCCUGAUCCACGGCUCGUCUGAUCGCGCGACGUCCCAUGCGGCGACUGAGCGCCUUUUCCAACGCCUCCCCCACGACGACAAACAGUUCGAACUGUACGACGGCUAUGAGCAUAUCAUGCUCAAGGUCGGCAUCGACGAUGCAGAUGACGAGAAGCGGCAGCGCGUGCUCAGGGACUGGACCCACUGGCUGCUCGAGCGCUGUGGCUAG